AAUUAACAAGAUGAUUAUAAUUAUGCCAGCCUAUAAAAGCAACUUGGAAGUGCAGAUCAAGCAGGAUCAGAAACAGGGGAUGGGUCUGAUUGAUCAUGAGCAGACUGACACGUUCCCAGUGUGGAAAUUUAAAGGAGGUUCAACCACGAUAUAUGAAGAGAAUCAAGUCUACACCGAGAGUGCUGAGAUGUUGCCCAACAAGAAUCAGCUCCUUAAAGUGAGCAAGUCAAAAAAUCAUUAUGAAAUCCUGUUGUCCGUAAUGCAGCCACCCUUCAUGGUCGUCAAGGACAUAAAAUCAUCCAAUGGGUCUGAAUAUCCUCUCGUAGUUAAUUCCGUCAUUCGCUUGGGAAGAGUUGAGUACAAGGUCAUCGAGGAACGCAACAAGCACAUGCAGACUUUUCAAGCACCCUGCUCCCUCAAAUAUUCCUUCCUCAGUGACUCCAAUGUGACAUAUCAAUGUAAGUUUUGUUUCAUGGAAGGAAGGCAGAGCAAGGAUCAACUCUUUCUUACGAAUAUCUGUCGUUGUGCUGGCAAUGGCUAGGCUGUUCAUUUGGACUGUUUACGUUACUGGGUAGAUUCCAAUAUCACCAAGGAAGAAACUCAAUUCGGCUUGACUCUCAAAUGGAACAAGCAACAUGAGUUCUCCCAAUUCGAGUUCAGUAUGAAGAUGAAUACUUCGAUCUCUUUACACUCGACAGACCUGAUCUACAGUACAUCCUAGUAGAAAACAUCAAUAAAGAGAAGAACUUAAUGCAAUGAAAUCUAUUUAAUCCACAGUCUUCUGAGUGACAAUAUCAAAAUUGGAAGAGGAUUCCAAUGCGAUAUCAAAGCCUAAGACAUCACUGUCUCUAGACACCAUGCCACCAUCAAAUUGACUGAUGGCAACUUCAUGAUCUAGGACAACAAAAGCAAAUUUGGAACUCUAGUAUCCAUUGACAAAAAAGUUUCGAUUGAUUGCGCAGCUUGCAGUUUGUAAAUUGGCAAACUACUAAUCAAUUUUAUCUAGUCCGAUUAUAUUUAAAAAGGUGCCCCAUCAACUUAACACAAACUUACUUAACUACCUUAAAUAAAUAAAUAAUUAGAUGAAGAUGAACCACAAAUGGAUGAUGAUUCUUUUCAAUUAGAAAAUAAAUGAAAGUGACUUUUAUAUUAUUCUAAUUAUAUUUUAUCUUUCCC